AUGGCAUAUGAUAACGCCUCUACGAUGACACUCUUUCAUUCGUUUUUUAGCUUGCAGAGUUGUAGUUUCGGCAGGCUCUCGAUUGCAAUAACCCUAAUCUUAGGUAUUGGGUUGGUCGUACUGUUUAGGAGUUUAGACCGUAAGAACGAAGGGCUCAUAAAGGGGGUUGAGCCUCCCGAGGUCAAGUCAAAGAUUCCAUUAUUUGGACAUCUGAUUGUCUUCACACUCAAGAUAUUCGCCGCACGUAUUUACGUUAUCUGCGAACCAUCCCUGAUCCAAGCUGCAUAUCGAAAUACGAAAGCCUUCGAUUUUACUACGUUUGUUGUCGAUUCUUCAAAACGUGCAUUUAAUAUAGGCGAAGAUGGAAUGAAAAUAAUCCGCGGGGAAACUUCACCAGAUUAUGAUCCGAAAGGACCAUUUCUAAAUGGGAACAAUGGGAGAUCGUACUUGAACGAAAAUCAUAAAUUGAUGGUGGAAUAUCUAGGACCUGGAGGUAGCCUGCUAGAGUUGAACAAAGGAGUAUUGGGUGCCGUCGCUGAAUUCAUUGACGAGCUCGGUCAAAAGCCUAGGAAAAUCAGUCUCUAUAAAUGGAUGAGAGAUACCCUUACAUUGGCUACUUCUGCCUCUCUUUAUGGGCCCCACGAUCCUGUGAGUGCUGAUCACAGGCUCAUAGAUUCUCUUUGGGACUUUGAGGAGAAUAUGACGAUGCUUAUGCUUGAACUUCUUCCUACAUUUAUUUGCCCACAGGCUUAUCACGGCCGUGCAGCAAUUAAAACUGCCUUCGCAUCAUAUUAUGCGUCAUCACAUCAUAUGACUGCCAGUACCCUCAUUCAAUCACGAUUAGAGUGCUCUCAAAAAUGGGGGCUCACAUCUGAAGAAAUCUCGAACAUCGAAAUCUCCACACUUUUUCUCGCGACAACUAAUUCGGCGCCAACAAGUUUCUGGCUACUUGUGAAUAUUCUUGCCAAUCCGUCCUUGGUAUUCUCUAUUCGAAGCGAAAUCACCAAUAUUAUAUCUAGAAACAAAGGGGAUGGUGGAAUUGAAGAGUGUAUCAUGAACAUUACUCUGUUUCAAUCCUGUUGUCCCAUGUUGAUGUCUUGCUUUCGAGAAACACUGCGAUUCGCCGACGCAGCGACAUCUGUUCGAUCUGUCACCCAAGAUGUGCUUCUCACAUCAUCAACCUCAUCAUCUUCGUUUUUGCUCAAAGCUGGAAAUGUCAUACAACUCCCUUCUGGCGUGACUCACAACUCGCCAUCAAUCUGGGGUUCAAACGUCAAUUCAUUCGAUUCAGAUCGAUUCCUACCAACUACUAUCGAAAAGUUAAGCAAAGAACAGAAGAAGCAACAAACACAGGGAUAUUUUCCAUUUGGUGGCGGUAAGCAUUUAUGUCCAGGAAGGCAUUUUGCCACAACUGAAAUUCUCGCCCUCGUUGCUACUAUUAUUAUGGGGUUCGAUGUUGAGGGCUCAAGUGUGCCAGAAAGAGCUUUUCAAAAGUUGGGUACGGCGGUCAGGAAACCGAAGAAUGAUGUUGAAGUCGACAUCAGGAGAAGAAAGGGGUGGGAAGAUGUUAGAUGGAGAUUUGAUGUGCAGGGUGAAGUUGAUUUUGAGGCUUUGGUGGGGGAGGAAGUUGAUGCAUGA